AUGCAUAGCUUGGAUCGUCAGGAAAAGGGUGUCAGUCCCAUGUCUCAGUUUUAUACGCCAACCCUGGAGGGUCUUCGCGCGGAAGUUGAGUCUCCUCUUGCCGCUUCGGGCCAUGACUCGGUCUACAAUUGCAAGGCGAAGUUAAUCAAUAGGGCUAUCCAGGUUAUCGGUAUGGGCCGUUAUCAAUGGGGGCUCUUUUUUUCUCCGUGGAUUUGGCUGGAUCGCCGACAAGGAGUGGCCUCGACCCUCACCCUGCUAUCUCUAGAAUUCGGGGUCUCCAAGUCCCAGGUCCGUUUCACCACGUGCGCCUUGUUCGUGGGCCUCAUCAUUGGGGCCACUUUCCGGGGGCUUGCCUCAGGUCUCAUUGGACGUCGACCGGUAUUCAAUAUCACGUUGUUCUUGUGUGGCGUAUUUGGCCUGGCGGCAGGUGGCGGUCCUACCUGGAUAAGUACCUGCGCUCUACAUGCUUGCUUAGGAUUGGGUGUAGGUGGAAAUAUGCCGGUAGAUGCUGCAAUAUUUCUUGAAUUUCUACCCUUUGCCUUGCUUGCGUGGGCAUUCAUUCUGAACUUUUCCUGUUCUGAGGCCUCCAGCUGUACGAAGGCAGACAAUAUAGGCAGGAGAUAUCUCGUUCUUUCUCUCGGCGCCAUCAUAUUUGAUAUGUUAAUCUGUCGCUUCUUCUUUACACUGUACGAAUCACCUAAAUUCCUGGUUGCCAAAGGCCGUCAGGACGAGGCCGUUGCCGCGAUUGGCGGAUAUCCGGAAAAGAUAAAGGAACAGACGCUCUCCUUGAAGCAGAUUGUCGCCAGGUCUCUGUCGAAAUUUUCCGUCCUGCAGAUCGGGCCACUGUUCGCGACAAAGCGACUCAGGAUCACCACAAUUCUUAUCUGGUUUUGCUGGGCCACGAUUGGCAUGGGCUAUACUCUGUUCGACGCGUCCCUCCCACAGUAUCUAAGCACGUCAGCCUCCACAUAUGAGACGUAUCGCAACUAUGCCAUCACAGGCGUCGUUGGUAUCAAAUAUGUUGGUCGGAAGGGUACAAUGUCCAUCUCCACUUUGAUCACAGGUAUCCUCCUGUUUUGCUUUACUGCCGCAAAUACCUCCAAUACUCAACUGGUCUGUUCCACUCUGGAGUCUUUCUUCCAGGUGAUUAUAUACGGCACAGCCACAGGUAUCGCUAGUUGUCUGAAUCGGAUUGCCGGACUUUAUGCACCGAUUGUCACGAUUUAUGCCGGUGAUGUGAACACUAGUGCCCCCAUUUAUGUCUCUAGUGCGCUGUUACUGUCCCUUCGCACAGGGGACGGAGAAGUGAAGCCAUUUGUUGGAUAA